ACAGUCGGGUUCCUCUUUACGGCUGACGAUGACAUGUCAACAACAAACAUGGCAACCAGCAGCAACUACUGGGAAGAUUUGCGUAAACAGGCCAGACAGCUGGAGAAUGAGCUGGACCUGAAGCUGGUCUCCUUUAGUAAACUCUGCACCAGCUACAGCAGCAGCAGCAGCCGGGACCAGCGGACAAGAGAGAGGUCUGAUUCUAUUGGCCCAUCUCAAGACACUAUGCUCGGGGCCCUGACGACUGAGCUGGAGCAGCUAUUGGCUAAUCUUACAGCGGUCAAUGACAAAAUGGCAGAAUACACAAACACACCGGGAGCUUCGUCGCAUAACGCAGCGUUGAUGCACACCUUACAGAGACACAGAGACAUUUUACAGGACUAUACUCAUGAGUUCCACAAAACCAAAAGCAACUUCUUCAGCCUGCGAGAGCGAGAGGACUUACUAGGCUCUGUUCACAGAGACAUUGAGUCCUACAAGAGCAGCUCAGGAGUGAAUAACAGAAGGACCGAGCUCUUCCUGAAGGAACAUGAGCAUCUCAGAAACUCAGAUAGUCUUAUUGAUAAUGCAAUAAGUAUCGCCAUGGCUACCAAAGAGAACAUCACAUUUCAGCGUGGGAUGCUGAAGUCCAUUCAAACCAGGGUCACAACUUUGGCCAAUCGCUUCCCUGCCAUCAACAGUCUCAUCCAGAAAAUCAAUUUGCGCAAGAGGCGGGACUCUUUAAUUCUAGGUGGGGUGAUUGGCGUCUGCACCAUACUCCUGUUGCUCUACACUUUCCACUGAUGCGCUGGCUGUUUCUUUAAAAUAUUCAUUGUAAUUCAGUAAUUCAAGUAUUUUUCAUGUUUUUGUAAUGUUCUUCCUUCUAUUGUCAUUUACUCUGAUUAAAACAACACUUUAAAUAGUUAAGAAAGGAUUUUAUUUUGAAAAAAGAAAACUAUAUCAGUAAAAAAAAGUCUUAAUUGAAAGUGAAAGGGUUAGAAUUUAUUUAUUUUCUGAAUUAUUAUAAAAUUUCAAUUUUGAAAUGUAUAUACUGUAAUGCUGCUUAUAUCCUAUCCUCAUAAUUUUAACUCUUUCUAAAUGUAUGAAGUAAUAUUUGAUUGGGAUCGUGUACUGUUGAUGUCAUACUUCUUUAUAUAGUAUCGGCGUUGCCUAAUAAAAAUAAAGGUGAUGAGCUCACUUU